UCUCAGAAAUAAACAAAAUUAAAUUAAAAUUAGUCAAACAAUUUCCUCUCCGCUUCUCCACGAACCAAUCCACCACCAGCUCCGCCUUUCGCCGCCCAUAUCCACCAUGCAGCGACGGAAAUCGCUCACAUUGAACUGGGACGGUCUCGGAGAUGACGAUGAAGAUGACGAUCGCUUCUUCGAGACGCGCGAGCGUAUGUCCUCCGCUGCCCCUAUCGAUCUGGAAGCUUCCUCCUCCGACGAAGAUGACGGGUUCGAAGACAGCCGCAUGUCGUUUAGUGCCAACAUGUCCCCCAACAAAUCCGAGAGAGUCAAGCCCUUUCCGGUCACCGUUGCCGCCUUGGGCUCCGAAUACGACAUGUGGAUCGCAUCUCCGGGAUCAAUCACGGAGCGCAGAAAACGAUUACUUCUCGGUAUGGGCCUGGACGAGAACAAAGAGGUCCUCAGAAUCACAAGCAUGGCUCUGGAUCGCGCCAUUUCGAAGAAAUUCGAAAAUGACCAAACCGAUUGUUCACCUUCAACACCAACAAGUACAAGUAAAUCUUCUGCUCCUCAUUCAUCAUCUUCUUCUUCCACUGUAAGUUCGCAAUCGGAGGUAAAACAUCAUAGGAAAAAAUCAAGAAAGCCGUCCAUUAUCCCCUUCGUUCUCGGUCGCUCGCGAUCCGAAGGCGACAUUGAUUCGUUCUCGAUGCCAAAAUACAGGAAAGAAGAAUUCAUAGGUAAAAUCUCCAAGCAACGCCUGACGAGAACAUCUUCGGACUCGACAUUUUCUCGUGGCGGUGCUCGUCCGUGCAAAGGAGAAUCCCGAGUGGCAAUGAAACAUAAAGAAAGGCCGGGGCAGUCGCCGCCGCCGCCGCAUCACUGCUCGAAGAUGACGUCGGUGAAGUCUAACUGGGGAUUAGGAGCUUUCUUCUUGAUCAAGAAUCUGGACACGGGAAAAGAGUUCAUCGUCAACGAGUCAAGCGAAGACGGGAUGUGGAACAGACUAAGCGAUCUGCAAACAGGGAAGAAAUUAACAAUGGAGGAAUUUGAACGACACCUAGGACAUUCCCCGGUGGUGAAAGAGCUGAUGAGUCGCGACAAAGUGAACAGAAGUACCAGCGACGGUUCUGGAUACGAUCGGAAGCUCACGACGCAGCAUUCGUAUUUCUCAAAGAGCUUAAGGAAGAGCAAAAGAACAGGGGCUGCUCUGUUGAAGAACAUCAAAGGAGUGGCUUCUGGGUUCAUCGGGGAGAGAGAGAGAGAUGAGACACAGAAGUCGUCAUUGUCAUCGUCAACACAAUUGUCGACGACUUCUGAACAGAAACCCGCGAAGAACGAACAGUGGGUGAGAGUAAGACAAAGUGGGAAAUCCAUGAAAGAGCUCUCAGCUCUGCAUCUGUGUCAAGAAUUUCAAGCUCACGAAGGCUGUAUCUGGACGAUCAGGUUCAGUACAGAUGGUCAUUACAUGGCGAGUUCAGGGGAAGACAAGGUGAUUCACGUAUGGGAAGUGCAGGAAUGCGAGGUCACGUCGAUGAAGCCAGAUGAGGGAAGUCUCACUCCGAUUCAUCCAUCGUUGCUUGGAUCACCGGAACGAAAUGGAAAAGAAGAAUGGAAUGAUAUGAAGAAGAAAGGGAAGCAUGGAAGCAAAAGAUCAGGAAGGAGUUUCGCGAUUCCUGAUUAUGUUCACAUCCCUGAAACUGUGUUCUCUUUCUCAGAGAAACCUUAUUGCUCUUUCCAUGGCCAUUGCGACGACGUUUUGGACUUGUCCUGGUCAAGAUCUCAGCUACUGCUAUCAUCGUCAAUGGAUAAAACAGUGAGAUUAUGGGACAUGGAGAGCAGGGCGUGCUUGCAGGUGUUCACCCACAGUGAUUAUGUAACGUGCGUGCAGUUCAACCCAAUGGACGAAGAGUAUUUCAUUAGUGGGUGUCUGGACACGAAGGUGAGAAUUUGGAACAUUCCUCAACGCUUCGUGGUGGAUUGGAUCGAUACUCACGAAAUGGUCACUGCUAUUUCUUACACUCCUGACGCUCAAGCUGCUUUUGUCGGUACUCAUAACGGAAGCUGUCGCUUGUAUAGCACGGAAGAUUGCAAAAUAAGUCAAAUAGGCGCAGUUGAGCUUAGGCGAAAGAAGAAAUCUCAUUUAAGAAAGGUGACUGGUUUUCAGUUUGCUCCAAGUAAUCCAUCAGAAGUGCUUGUUACUUCAGCUGAUUCCAGGAUCAGAAUUGUAGAAAAUUCCAGAGUUGUUCAUAAGUUUGUAGGAUUUCGAAAUGCAAAUAGCCAAAUAUCAGCUUCAUUUAGUCCAAAUGGAAGAUACGUGAUAAGUGCAAGUGAAGAUUCACAAGUAUAUGUGUGGAAGAAUGAAGGCCAUGCAAAAGCCAGAAACCUAAUUCUGACUCAAUCCCACGAGCAAUUCCAAUGCAGAGACGUCUCCAUAGCAAUCCCAUGGCCUCGCACUAUCAAGGGUGACCCUCCCAUAGGACCAUCCCUCCAUUCAAAAAGACACCCUAAACACUAUCCAGCUCCUCCAUCUUCUUCCUGUGGAUCUCCACUUCAUCCUUCUUCUAAGCCAACACUUUUGCCUCCUCUUCCCAAUAAGAUCAAGAGAAACAACCAAAACCAGGCCUCUGAUAACGCUUCUCCUUCCUGGGAUGACGAGCCCUCAGGGAUUUCAGGUACAAUGUCUGGGAUUGGAGCUAUUUCGUUUGCUCAUAGUGGGAGUAAGAGUAGGUGGUCUCCAUUUUCUAGGAAUAAGAGUAGUAGUAGUAGUAAUGGUCACCAUGUCGUUGUGGAAGAGGAAGAACCUACAGCGAUCUCUCGCACUGGUUCUGGAAUUGGGGAUUCGUUUUCUUCUUCUGACUCUGCUUCCAUGAGGUAUGGCGACUCACCUACCAUGUCUGCUUCUGCUAGAUCAUCAUCAUCUUCUUCUUCUUGGUCAAUGCACUUUGAUAAUGGUCAUGCCAAUAGCUCAAGCUCUCAUGCUUCAGCAUGGGGGUUGGUGAUUGUAACAGCUGGGUUUGGAGGUGAAAUUAGGUGUUAUCAAAAUUUUGGGUUGCCUAGAAAGGUAUGAGAAACACCAAUAGUUUUAGAGUCACAUGACAAUUUAUAUCAAAAAUGCACAAUAAUACUACAUAUUUUUGUCACAUUUAGUAUAUUUUCUUUAUAAGGAAGAGAAUACAUGUGAGUGUGUGUGUGUGAGGUAGAUAAGGUACUAUGUUUUUGUCAUGGCUAUUUCUUCACUGAUGAUGACAAAGCUUUGUCCCAUGACAUUGGCAGUUUUGCGAGACAAGAUAGAAUAUGUAAGUUGAACCAUCCCUUGUUGUUUUGAAAGAGUUGUAAUCAAUGCAGGAGUCAUAUAAAGAUAUAUAAUGUCAA